GCAACACCAGUUUGACGUCACUUGGGAGCCUGACCCGGCUAGCUGUCAUCCGCGUAGAAGGGAAGGACAUAACAUGGAGCUAAAUUUUCCGUUGUACAGUUAUAGAUGUUUCGUAGCUUGUUAAAAGCAUACAAGGAUUUUGGUAUUUCUAUGUACCACGUUAGCGGUCCAUUCGUUUCGACGUCUUCAACAAACAGCGGCUAGCUAACCGGCUAACGUUAGUUAGCUUGUAACUUACUGUAACUGUUAAAAAGGUAGCGAGUUCAGACAGAAAGCCUACGCAUGGCGUUAAUCCUGUUUACGAGGUCUCGGGCACCUUUAAUGAAAACGUCCAGGUCGUUAAAGAACGAAUUCAGGAAAGGCAAAGGGAAAGUACAAGAUGGUGCCUGUUUCAACUGCACAGCGCUCAGACUCUCCAGUCAAAAACUUGAUGGGCUCCGACUCAGCAGUUUGGCCCAGGUUUCUUCACUCGGUCCUUCCCUCCCCUUGUCAGAUGGCUAUGUGGGCCCCUGCCAGAGCCCGGACUCACAGCGGCUCUACUGUGCGUUUGUGUUGGGGGCCUCCCCUUCACCAUACCCUGCAAUUACAACGGGAGCCCAGUGGAUGAUAGCACGACCACACGACAUCCCUGGUGUUAGGUGGAUACACACCUCACGGAGGAGAUGGGACGACUCCAAGGUGGAGAAGUCACUGCGUUCGUUAAAGGACAAGAAGAAGAAGCUGGAGGAAGGAGGGCCGGUGUACAGCCCGACGCUGGAUGCAGAACCUGUGAGAAGGACGCUCCGACAGUGGGUUGUAGAUGAAGUCAAGCACUACUACCACGGCUUCAGGCUGCUGUGGAUUGAUACCACCAUUGCUGGCCGAAUGCUGUGGCAGGUGCUGAAUGGACACCCCUUGUCCCGACGAGAGAGGAGACAGUUCCUCAGAACAUGUGCAGACGUCUUCAGACUUCUUCCCUUCCUGGUGUUCAUCAUUGUCCCUUUCAUGGAGUUCCUGCUUCCUGUAGCUCUGAAACUCUUCCCCAACAUGCUGCCGUCCACCUUCGAGACACAGUCAAAGAAGGAGGAGAGGUUGAAAACGGAGCUGAGAGUCAAACUGGAGAUGGCCAAGUUCUUGCAGGACACCAUCGAGGAGAUCGCUCUGCGGAACAAGGCUGCUCAGGGCAAUGUGACGGAGGAGUUCUCCACCUUCUUCCAGAAGAUACGGAAUUCUGGGGAACGUCCCAGUAAUGAGCAGAUCAUAAAAUUCUCCAAACUGUUCGAGGAUGAGCUGACUCUGGACAACCUGACCCGACCUCAGCUGGUGGCUCUCUGCCGUCUCCUGGAGCUCCAGUCCAUCGGGACCAACAACUUCCUCCGCUUCCAGCUCAUCAUGAAGCUGAGGACCAUCCGUGCAGAUGACAAGCUGAUAGCAGAGGAAGGGGUGAAGAGUCUGAAUGUGAACGAGGUGCAGGCAGCCUGUCGCGUCAGAGGCAUGAGAUCUCUCGGAGUCACAGAAGAACGACUGAGAGAGCAACUCAGCCAGUGGCUGGAGCUGCAUCUGAACCAGCAGAUCCCCACGUCCUUGUUGCUGCUGUCUCGAGCCAUGUACCUACCCGACACCCUUUCCCCCGCCGACCAGCUGAAGACAACACUGCAGACGCUGCCUGAGAUGGUGACAAAGGAGGCCCAGUUGAUGGUGGCAGAGAUGGAGCUCUCCAAAGUGGACAAUAAGACCAAGGUGGAGGCCACACUACAGGAGGAGGCGGCCAUACGCCAGGACAACAAGGACAGGGAGAUGGAGAGGUUGGCAGACGCUGCAGAGAAAGCUGCCAGGGAGGGUGAGUUGGAGCUUGAAGCAGAGAGGGUGAAGAGCAGCCACGCAGAUGCAGAGCUGGCUAAAGCUGACAUGGCUGCUCAUUCAGAGAUACUGAGGGAUACAGCACCUGUCAUAGAAGGAAUCAAGUUUGAACAGUGGCAGACAUUUCUGCGCUUCCAGGGUGAGGAGAUCACCAAAGAAGAGAUUGACCUAUUGAGUGAUGCAUGCUCAAAGCUGAAGGAGCAGAAGAGGCUGUUGACUCUGGAGAAAGAAGAGCUUGAAGAACUGAAGGAUGAUGUCCAGGAAUACAAUGAGGAUUUGGAAGAGAUAAAGAAGGAGCUUUCUAAGACCGGCCAAGAAAAGGCGCUAGAGGAGUCAAAGGCGAGCCAGCGUCUGUCUAAGAGAGUAAACCGUAUGAUUGGUCGCAUCGACAAGAUCAUCCUGGAGCUGGAGAAGGACAAGGUCAUCCUGGAUGGACAGAUGGACAGUGGGACCACCCCACCUGUCGGAUUAUUCUUUACUAAACAUAGUGAUGCCACAAGUCUGUUCUACACCUUCAGGGAGAACCUCAUCAGCAUUGACGAGCUGAUCGGCGUCAUGCGGCAGAUCCAGAACAUUCCAGAGCACAAGCUGCAGAGCAUCGCAGAGGCUCUCGACGACAACAAGGACGGGAAGAUUGACAUUGACGACGUCAUCAAAGUGGUGGAACUGAUCGACAAGGAGGACGUCGACAUCUCCACCUCUCAGGUGGCUGACAUCAUGGUGAUGCUGCAGAAGGAGGAGAAGCUGAUAGAGAAGGAAAAGGCCAAAGAGAAGGCUGAAAAGGCAGCCACACUCAACAGCUAACUCAUUUUCCACAAAGACACAUAGCACUUGUAAAAAAUGACCACUGAGAAGUUUGUUGACUGGUACCCGGUCACAGAAAACUCCAGACACCAGAUCGUUCUGGACAAGUCGAGAGAGUCACGAGGUAACAGCUGCCUUCUCAAAAUAUAAUUUCGACAUUAACUGAGAAAACAAAUAGAAGGCAUAUUGCCUUUUAACACACACAAAAUCAAAUAGAAACUUAAAUUGCCAUUAUACGUUGAUACAGGGAACACAGUGACAUGAAAGUGACAUUAAGAGUUAGCAAAGAAUAAAAAUUGAUCAAAAAUGUUUGGAAAAUAUAUUAGGAGAUUUAUUGUUUAAAGUUUGAGGUGAACCGUCUUGCCUUUCAUUUCAUUCAUGUCAUCAUCUCAGAGAAAUGAGAGAUCAUUUCUGGACUUUGCACAGUAAAAACCAUUGUCAUCACCAUCAUUACACUCAGUUAGAUUUUGUUUAUCCAUCAUACUCCCAUAUUGUAAAGUAAGCUGUAAUUUUUUGUGAAUUGUACUUGGCAGGGUAGCUUUUUGCCAGCUAGAGGAUGUUUAAAUGGUGGCUGCAAGCAAAUAUAUAAUUACACAGAAGAUAGAAAUUAAUUAAAAAACAUCACAUUCUGUGUGUGAGUUUAAAGAGUUGAAUUAAAAAAUGCUAUACAUUAAUUCUACAAAUAAAAAAAUCAUAGCUUUGAGUUCAUCAUUCCCACUAUAAUGGAAGUAAAGGGAGAAUUCAUACUGUAGAAGUGUUAAAAUUACUGUACUGUAAAUUAAUUUUGUACUUAUUACAUAAUAAGCUUUUGUCUCAUUUUAGCACAGCUCUUCAUAUCUGUUCUUGUUGUGUUCAAUAGAUGUCUGUAAAAUGCCAAAGCUGCACUGUGGCACAUUUAAUUACACCUUCUGAUUAUUCCUAAAAUCAACAAACAAGUCAGUUAAAGGGACCGUUCACCUCAAAAUCAAAAAUACAUGUGAGCAGCAACUGUGUUGAGUUUUUCAAAUGUAAUUUUUUUGGUGCUUUGAGCACCACAAGCUGAGUGUCAUAUAGUUCCAUUAUAUUCCAAAAAGGCAGACAUCUCUACGGCCGAUAUCUCCAAAACUCGGCAACUCACACCAAAACAAUCUAGGUGGAUAAAAAGCACUACAGGUAAGAGGAAAAAUAUUUUAGAUUUUGGGGUGAACUGUCCCUUUAAGACCGACUGAUAUUUAUGAGCAGUGUCGAGCAUAAUCAGUAUAGGGACGCUGAAACAGCACACCAAUCAAAUAUUGGUCAGUUGUUGCUGUGACAAGUGGUAGUUUAAUUUGUUAGUUCAGUUGUUUGGAGGUUUUCUGGUCAGAGGGUGAAAGUGGCUUCUUGUGAAUGUUAAGUAGAUUAUUUUGUGCAUGAGUAGUGUGAUAACCGUGGUAAUGUUGACCCCCACAGUUGAAUGCAAAGUGGCCUUCUCUUGACACAGAUAUUAUGGAUCGUAUGCUGUUGUAUAUUUAUUUUUGAGUGUUUUAAGAAGAUGUUAGAGCUCUUGAUAUUCUUCUCACUUGAUGUAAUUUAGUUUUGGGCUGAAGAAGUCUGAAUGAAUUCAGUUGCAGAUCAGGUUGUUUGAGGCACAUUCUGAUUCCUCAGUUUUGUUUUAUUUGCAAUGUAGCGGCGAUGAAUCUGUGUGGGUUGUAAACAAGGACGAAGUGAUGAUUUCAGAUAAUAUUCGAGUCAAAUACUGACCAUUACAUUCAUCUCGCUGCCUGUUGGCAUUUGUUCAACUGUGUUCACACUGCAAGAAGCUUGGCCAUUGUGUUUUGUGUGUACUCUGACAACAUAUUCCAAUUAGGGCUGCAACUAAUGAUUAUUUUGAUUUGAUUAUAUUAUCUUUGGGUUUAAUUUAGAAGAUUAAGACAAGUGGAAGAGAAAAUUUUCUAUCAAUUGAUUAAUCGAUUAAUUUCAGCACUAAUAUCGACCAAUCAGAAAUGUGAUCGCUCACAGGAUUAUUGAUCGUUCACACAUCAGCACAGUUUGCCAGGUUGCUCACCUCUAAAGGAAAUAAACAGACUUCUGUUGAGUUGCUUGUGAUGUUGCUUGCAGUGUGAACCCACGGUAAAGGGUUGAUCCACCUUUACCUUUGGAUUGAAUAUCGGUUAGUUUGUGGUCAGUCAUCUCUCAGUUAUUCUUCCACGGUAACCAGAGAAGAGCUCAGGUGUGAACGCAGAAGACAAAGUGGUACUUGAGAUAAUGCUGAGUGGAUGACUCUCCAUUUAAUCCCUUCCCGGAAUCCGCUGUCAUACGUGUGGAUGAUUAAGACGUUGUUCGCCUUCCAUCAAGCACUGUCCCAGUUCAGACCCAGCACUGCCUGAUAGGGCGAGGGCUCUGCUUCGCCUGGGACCAGUCAGACUGAUGGGUGCAGGGUAAAUACUCGCCCCAUACAUGGGCCAAAGCCAGCUCUGCUGGAGGGUUGUGUUUAGGUUAGAGACGAUCCGGCGGGACAUGGCAUGCUCUCUCCCGCAUAAAUCAGCAGUCAGUGUAAACAUGUCACAGGAACGUUGUGACAACCUCUCGAUUACACUUGGCAGGAGAGAGUAGUGUUUAUGUCCCCGCGCCUGACAGGUCAGGCUCAGGGGAGCGCUGUGUACAUUAGCAGCACUGCCACUGUUUCUAGGCAUGGAGGGGCCAAAGGUCAGAGGGGGUUAAUGUAUGACAGUGACAUAUACCAGGGUAUGUAAAGCUGAUGGAGAUCAAUACUUAAGAUUCCUGCGUAGAAAGGGUUGAAAUGAACAGAAUUUGAAUUUAAAGGCCACUGUGUUGACGUAGAGGGUUCCAGGAAAAAGAUGCAGGCAAGGUGCUGCACAGUCACUCAAUUGUAGUAGAAUACUUCUACGUAUACCUUUUACCUGCCGAUGUGUGGCAACUGAGGAGAAAUUGAUUGUUUCUGUGAUAUUUCUCCAGAGUUGUAAACACUGUGCAGUGUUUGGCCAUUUUAGUAACCUUCAAACGCACUGAUCUUCAGCUCAGUCCGGUAGAGCUGAAACGAUUAGUCGAAUAGCCAGUUAAGAUAAUUUCAAGCAAGAAUGCAAUAAAUUGACUAGUUUCACCUUCACAAAAAGAAGAAAAUAAUUGGAACAUUGAUUGAUAAUGAAAAGUUAGUUUCUGGAUCGUAUUUCAUCUCACAGGUACCUGAAACAGCACGGCCCUUGCAUUUCUUUGAUGCAGUGCUGUUUUAAAAGGACAUAAAAUAGAGAAAAGCAACAAAACCUCGUAUUCCAGAAGUUGGACCUAGCGAUUGUUUGUCAUUUUUGCUCGAUGAAAGACUUCAACAAUUUAAUAGUUAUCAAAAUUGUCAUUGAUUGAUUUUAAUUUUAAUUUAACCAAUUAUCAGAAAUGUUGUAUUCUCACACAUUGUGCUACUGCAGGCCUGCGCAAUCAUUUCAUGCACUAUUCAUUGUGAUGAAUAUAUUUCAGCUGUACAGUUAACGAUAUGACAUGACAUGUCAUAUUUCCCACAUUCUACCAGGAUAUAAUUAUGAUGCGUGAAAACCUGUCAAACCUUCAAAUGCAUUCAAGAAAUCCUGGAAAAAAUAAUUCCAUUUUGAAAUGGAGAAUAUGUAGGAACCCUGAUAUGAAUAUCAGCAGAAUAGCACAUGCCUGUCACUGAAUACAGACUACAAACAAAACCAAUAUGUUUGCUUAUAUUUCCAAAACACACAUCUCUUGUUCAAAAAGCCCCAAAACAAAGGUUUCUGCAGCCGUGCAUGGUAGUUUGUGAUGACAUGUUUAUGUGCGUCCUCGUCUUUGGCUGCAGUAGGAGGAGUUGAGCAGAGUUCACAGCUCACCGCUGGCAGCAGUUGCACCGUUGCACUGUAUUGUUUAAGCUGCUGUCUUUAAAUAAAAUAAAAAAAAAACCUACCUAAGGGAGGAGGAAAGGAGAGAAACAGUUGGCAGCAGACAGCGAGUUUAAAUCAGUCGUUUUUCAUUGUAAACCAAGUCCAGUAGCCAAGAGUUGUUUUCUGCCUUGCUCUUUUUCUUGACACUUGACAUUUUAGGCUAGUUAGAAGAAGUAAUGGCUGAUUUCAGCUUGCUGUCGUAAUGCUUUGACUGCUUUCCGUUGAGUAUUGCCACUGUGUAAAUGCACUAUUCAUUUUUGAUACAGCAGGUGUGUGUUAAUGUCUGGACUCAGGGUGUGUUCAGUCUGAUGUGGUUUGAGCAGCUUCAGUACCAGCAGGGAGAUGAAGUUAGUGUGUUGUGAUCUACGAUACAAACCGUCCUAAAAGAUUCCUGUUGAGUUUGAGGAGACAAGUUGUAGAUGUUGUGUACUAGAAGAACAAAUAUUUAAAAGCAAUAAGUCAUUUAUGCAACAUGUAUCUUUUUGAAUUUUGUUUUUCUGCCUUUUUGAGGCUGAACAAGCGUGUUUAAUUUGUUUAAAGCAUUGUAAUAUAUGUAAUUUAGAAAAGAAAUGGAGUCCUCAUGCUAUCAGCAAGAAAAAGGAUGCUAUAACUAAAAAGCAAAGAAAGCAAUGUGUGGAUUCUGCUUCUCUUCUUGAUUUCAGGCUGAUAUUCUGCUUAUUUGGGAGUUGAUGCACUUGUAGUUGAUUAUUGUAUGGACCUUUCUGAGGACUGAUGUACCCACUUUUCCCCCCUUUUUUAAAAAGUAUUUUGCACUAGCCCUUUUUGUAGAAUAUAUAAAAAUAUGAGUUUUCUCUUGAGGUGGAAGUAGGAAGAACUGUUGAGCAGAGAAUAAGGCAGCUGGAGACUAAAAGCAGGAUCAGCAGUGUUUUUAAAGUUAAGGAAAUAAGAUGUGGAGUCAGAGUCUGUCUGCUUCUACAGAUACAGACCUAAAGCAGCAGCUCAGACCUCUCUCAGGUUCAUACGCAGGUCUGCAAACUGAAAAUGAAAUAGGUGUAGAAAACUACAUUUAACUGCAUUUUAAAUAAUAGUGCAGCCACCAUCUUUUUAGAAAGGAAACUUGUUGUUCUAAAGGUGUGUUCAGGCAGAAAGCGAAGCAAAUUUUCGCCCGGGUCUUGGACCUUUUGUGUUUAUUCGCCCCCAAACAGCAAAUGUACUGCACCAACUGUAAAGACACUAGCUGCAAGCUAGCUAGCAACUGACGCAGCGACCGUGUGUGUGUGUGUGUGUGUGUGUGUUCAUCUCAGCCUCUGACUGAUCUCAGAACUCACCAGAAACUAUGGCUCUUUCUGUUUCUCUCAGAUUCAUAAAACUGUGGUAUACGCAAAAAUCUCUUCUCAGUUUGAAAGGUGAGGUGACAUGUUGCAGUAUAAUCUCGUACCUGGUUACAUUUAGUUUUUACAAUUUGAAAUGACAAAAAAUAUUAGUCUUUGAAUCAAUAUAAAAUAUAGCCCAAUGGACUUUUCGUUUUGAGAUAAUUGUCAAGUUCUUUAUUUAUUUAUUUAUUUAUUUAUUUGAUCAAAUCUUCCCUAAGUUUUUAAUUCAUCAAGAAAUGACCGGGUACUGGAUUUGAUUUUAGUUGAACCUAAAUCUCAAAUGUAUCAAAAGCAUCAGUUUUCUUUUUUUUAACACGAAUCAAGUGUUCAUGUAAAGAAAUAUCAUUUACAACAAUCAUAAGUGUUGAAUAAAUUAUGGAUGAUCCUGGAUUCUUUUUUGUUUGACUUUCUUUCCUGUUUUACAUCUCAUAUUUCCCGUCACUCAUCACUUCCACACAGCCAUUUUAGGUUGUGUGUGUCAUCUCUAAAGCCUUCCAUGCAGCCAUUUUUAUUUAUUUCUCGUCCCAAACCCUCAUUCCUGAGUCCUUACCAGCCUCACCACACUCGCCACCACUCCCCACAGAGCCUCCGUCCUCUGCCGCUGGAAUGCAACCAGACUUAUUUUUCCAGCGACAGUUUUAACGUCUGUGUGUAAGUGGUUAUUUUAACAGACUAAAGCAGGAUACACAAACGCAUAAAAUAUCAGAUUUUUAACCCUUUAUGUGCACUGAUCUUCCUGUGCGAAUCAUGGAAACAAAGUUAACUGGCAAAGACUUUGUAAUGAGGAGCUUAAAUGUCUUCUCGUUUGGUUUUCAAAGUGUAGUUUUAUCCAUCAUGAAGCUGAAAACAAAUCUGAUCUUAUCUUAUUGGUCAAGUAGAAAGCAGACUCACUUGACCUCUAAUAUUUCUGUCAUUAUGCCUUAAAGUGGAGUUGAAUGAUCCACUGACUUUGUAGAUCUCUGAUAGCUCAAGAGUUCAUGGGUUAUGAUAUAGCUGAUGGUUUUUUUUUUUUUAAAUGUCAGAGCCAAUGGAAGUAAAAACAAAAUCUAAGUUAUUAUUUUUUUUUUUUCUUAACAGAUUUUCCAAAACAGUAGGUUUGUAUAUCCAUUCGAGUAAAAUCCAAACUCCUUAGGUGCUUUGUCCAGAGAGAAUUGGAUUCAUAAAACUAGAUAUUAAAAUGAUACUAUUUACCUCUCACAGCCAUCGUGAGGUCACCAAUGUAGAUACACUUUUUAGUGCAGCCUUAAAAAAUUUGAAAUAACCUGAUAAUGGGCUGUUUUCUCAGUCUGUUACAUUUCUAGUGAAAAUUAAACCCACUCAUGUAGAAUUUUGUGGCAAAAUUUAAGCACCCAACAGAGGUCUAAAAUCACGUAGACCUGAACUUGCUGAAAGCUGCAGACACCCUGUAAUAGAUGGCGUUUUCCCACUCUGCUCCUGCUCCCUGUUUCCAUCCUUCAACACGUCUGCAGAGAAUAAAAGAUAUUUGCACCUUAGUCAAUUCACUGGGGGUGUCAGGGGUUUGUCUGGGCUGCCUGUCAGGAUGGUGAAGUGUGUCUGUAAUCAGCUCACAGUGACACAAGGCCUGCAGCCUCUAAACGAAGAGGCACGUUGAUCUCAGGAAGUGCGAGCUGUCUGCUUCAGGGAGUUUUUGAGGUACGAUAUUCUAAUGAGGAGGUGUUGAUUACAGAGGAGGGAGAAAAAAAAGGCCUCAUGAGUGGCUUCAAAAACACAAAGAGAUUAUUGCUAUCUUGUGUGUGCAUUUUGUAAUUGGUUUCAUGUAGAAAUGAAUCCCAUUUAUUUUUUAGACUAAAAAUGAUCAUUUAUGUGUGUAUGAUGCCAGAGGUCAGCUGCCUUCAGCAUUAUUGUGAGUCUGUGAGAUAAAAUGUUGGUGGUGCAUUUGUGUCUCAUUCAAUUUUAGUGAUUUUGUUUUUUAAAGAUUUCAAAUGUGAAGGUUGGAAAUAAAUUUGCACUGGAAAUCAAAUCCCAGUCUUUACCCCCGAAACUGAAUUGUUGCUGGCGCUGUAGCGAAAGGUUUUUGAAACUGGAUUUAUAGAUUUUUAGUAGAUAGGAAUUUGGGAUCAAAGGUUCAGAGGUACUUGACUACACAGAAAACCUACCUAUUUUCGAGCAGCACGUCACUGUAGGAGGCUAAUGGCAUCGUGUGUGAAUUUCAGAUAUGUACAAUGUUUGCACAGUAUGUGGUCUGUAAAUAUAAGUAUAGAGGUAUUAUUGUAUAUAAAGAUCAAAAGUGUGAUGUUUUUGAAGUUAUUUAGAAAUGAAUUCCUUGUUUUCACAUACAGAAUUCUGCAAAUCUAAAUGUAGCCGAUGGGUUUAGGGUAUAUCUGGUUGAAAAUCAAGGCUCUCACAAGAAUUUUAGGAACACUGAGGUCAUGAGUCUGAGGGGCCUUUUGUCCCAGAAUUUCCCUUUAUUUCCCUUUUUCCCAUUAUGUAAUAAAACAAAACAUGAUCCAGACGGCGUUAUGUCCCUUUCAAAACAUAUUUGCGGAUGAAAAUAAGUUGUAAAUAAAUGUAAUUUCUAGGGGACAGGGUUGGUUUGCCAUCACUCCGUACUGUCAACAACAAAUCCUACAAAAUCCCAUCAAAAUAAUCCUUUAAUAAAACUUGUAACUUUAAGUUGUUGAAAGUAAACUGCAUCUCUGGUCUUUGCUACGAUCCCUGAAUUACCACAAAGUAAAUCAGAACACAUGACCUCAGUGAGAGCGUUUACAUGCACAGUAGUAUUCCAGUUUUAAGUCUUAUCAUGCUUUGGAUCAUAUUAAGGAUAUGAUGUUUUUUUAUGGAACAUAAACCUGUUUAUUCUUAUCCCUGUUAACAAGAAUCAAGUGUUAUUCAGGCACUGGUGCUGGUGUGUCUUUGACUCCUCCACAUCCAGCUAGAUAGUUACUUCAUGCCAGUCACCUCUGGCUGCCUGGACUCUGCUGCUCUCACCAGUCAGCUGGAUUUGGUUUCUAUAUCUGAUCACGUGUAAUGGAAAACAGGAGAAUCUUCUGCAUUGUCAGUGCCAGACAUUAACCUUCAUUUCAGCGUGUAGGGCCUCUUUACAUGGUUUAUCAUAAGAAUUUUUGUUUUACUGACAAACUAGAGUUGAGGACACACCUGCGCACAUGAGGAGAAUGAACCCUGGCCUGUAUUUAUCAAACUGCUAAAAGUGAAAUUUUGGACUUAAGUGAAAGAUAAACGUAAGAAUCCUUCAGUUUUACACUUCAGUGUUACAAAAAAAAGCUAUUUGUCAAGUUUUUAUUGACCUAAAAUGCUCUUUAAUGUACAAGCUGCAGAUGCGAGCUCACACAUUAUGAGUUUUUGGAAUUCCUCUACAGUUUAUUUAUUAUUGGUCAUGAUAAACAAUAUGCAAUCUGAAGUAAAAUGUAAUUUUCAGAGUAGGUCAGUUUUAUUUUUGCAGCUACUGCUUUCUUGUGAGCUGUUGUCUAAACAGCAGUUUGCUUUGUCUUUUGUUUCCAUUUCAGCCUUUUCAUUUCCUACUUUUUCAUCCCUGUUUUUAAAAAAUAUUAUAUAUCAUGAAUAUAUAGAUUUGUGUUCAUUUUUACUGGAGAUAUUAAGGAUUUUAUUAAUUAUAUAUAUAUAUAUAAAAAAAUAUGAAAUGAACUUUUUCUAAAAAUCCAAAUAAUAAUAAGCUUUUUGACUCCUAAACUGGCUUUUUGUGUAAGUGUAAUUCUGUUAAGUUUGAUAUAUAUGGGCCCUGAAUAAGAUGUGCAACACACAACCCAGAUACUCCAAAAACCCUGUUAUAACCUGGGAUACUAGUGUGCAUGUAAACACAGUUGCCGGUGGCUACGGCCUUCAUGAGAAUGACGAAACGUAAGUCACUCUGACUAACUUAGUCAAAAAACUAAAAAAUUAAAGUGAUUCUCAAUCCAGAUUAAGUGGACACUUGAAACAGCAGAUGGAUCAUUUUAAGGUCCUAACUGCUUUAUAAACUGUAUGCAGGCCUUCGUUUAAAGUACAGUCUUAAUGUAAAUAUGUUAAGGGUGUCUCCUUGUGCAGCAGUAAGUACCAUCGCUGACUGCAUGCUGAAGAAGAACGAAUCAUUUAUUGGGUUGCAUGCCAGUUUACAGAUCCAAAUGUUCUAUCAGUGUAACCUUGACUACAAUACCUGAGUCAUUUUCCUGCUGUGUUGGACCUCUGCUGCUGCUGCUGCUGCUGAGAAACAGCUUCCACUGUAUAUUUCAGUGUGGGGACUCUCCUCACAGCUCCUGUGUUGAUCUUGUUGCUGUAAAGUUUUCUCAAAUAUGUAAACUGACUGGACCAGCCCGCUUCACUCAGACUCUGAGGAUAAAACACUUGGGCACACACCGGUUCUUCAUGCACUGUUAAAACUCUAGAAGAAGAGGAAGAAGUGGUUUCGACACACAGCUGAUGUCUUUCAGCUGACAUGCCGUCUCAUCACAGGUGCUUCAUGCGUAUGUACUGUAACAUUGUUCUUCUUCUCUGGGUUUCCCACAACUGUCUUAUUUCAUCUGGAAGUCCAGUGUUUCCUUUAUGGUUUUCUGUAACAUCAGUGCCUGGGGAUCAUUGUAAUACUGGCUCCUCAUCCGUCCCUGUUUUUGUUCUCAUUUAUAGUUACUGGGCUUAAAACAAGUUGUUCUUCGGGUCUUUUAUUGUUGUAAACACAUUAAUUGUUAACAUCUUGUUUGGGUCACAAAAGCAGAUUGUGGUUUCUGUUAAUUUCUCAUUUUCUCCAGAGCAGGAAUGAUGUUUUUUGUGUGUUCUGAGGGCGAAAUAUCAUUUUAGAUGUUAUGAUUUCAUAACUAGAAAUGAGGGCAUUUAAUACCAUGAAAUAACUUUAUGAUCUCCUACUCUGUUGGUCAUCAACAUUAUGUUUGUCAAGCCUGAAGAUAAACUUUGAAGUUAUUUUACUGCUGUUUAGACCGAAGCCAGUAAAAAAAAACAAGAAAGGGGGGGAAAAAAAGUGUGUUAAAAUACAAUAUUAUGAUUUCUUGAAAUAAUUAGGACACAGUUGUUUUCCCACUCAACUUUCUUGGAAACAAAGCUUUUGAACAAACAAUUAUCAUUUUACAUUUGAGACUUUUUUUUACAUUGGGUGCAGCAGAAAAAAAGAAGGCAGGGAAAUUUUAUUUGUCACCUUUCAUACACAGAGGCAAUUCAUAGUGUCUGAAGAAAUGCAUCAGAACAAGAUUUAUAAACAAUCAAAUGGCAAAUAAUAAUUAAUUUGAAUAUAAUAAAAAAAAAAAAGAGAGAAGCAAGAGGGGCAAAUCUGCAGUGUCAAGAGAAAUUUAGCUGUAAAGCUCUUAGUUAAACUCGUGUUUUCACACCAUCGCUCUGACGUUUAACCUUCAAUUAGAACAACUGACUGUUGUUGUUCUGUGGGUGAACUUUGGGUUUAAAUCUUGCAGUGUGCAGAGCCAAACAAAAAGCCUUACAUCUGGAAACAGUAUCACUCACUGCUGCCUUCAGUGCCUCUGCUGCUGUACAUUCAAGGAAAACUAUUUUUUACCUUUAUUUUGUUCCGUUUAUAUUGUUUAGUCUUGAUAUUUAGUUUAAUUUCAGUCAGUUGUCAGACUGUAUUAUCUUAUUUUAAGCUGUAUUAAUUGAUCUGUUGGCCACAUUGGAGCAGCGGAACAAGCUGUAAACACAACACUGACAUACAACACUCUUAUAAAGUUGUUAUUGUGAAGCAAACCGUUGCCUAUUUGCCAUCCAGCAGACAUGGAGCAACACAUUUUGGUUGUCCAAAUGUCCAAAAUUCAUUCUCCUUUUUGUUCUGUUUUUGGUCUCCACCAACUCCUGAGAAAAAUAUCUGGCUUUUUAGCAGCUAGAUGCUGCAUUAUGUUCACCAGCUAGUCUGAAAACAGCUGCCUGCUUCUGCUUAAAGUGCUGUUAAUGAGAGCGGAGUUUGGCCAUAAAACCAAAACAAUGAAUGAAAAUAGACUAAAAAGCUCUGUAGAGCUGGGUUAGGUUAUAAUCAUCUGUGGGUUAGUCACUCUGCUGUGGAAACAGCUACAGAUAAACUGAAUAUAAAGAGGCUGAACCACGUUGGUGCUAAUUGAUCAUGUAACACCUGCCAGUUAUUAAAGUGUCUCUGUGAUGGUUGGAAAUGGAACACAAUUUGUUAAUUUAAGAAAUCUCCCCUUAAUUACAUCUUAAGGGCUUUGCAAUAAUGCAAUACUAACACUGAUUAAUAAUGUAAAAGCUCAUAAAGAUGCAAAGAAUGUACAUCAUUAUUAUUUUCAAAUUAUUUGUGGUAUAAUAAGUUACUCUAACGACAUGAUGUUAUAACAUCAUCUGAAUUGUUUCAUUUGACGGUUUUAUCACAUUUUCAAGUUGCUGCAUUAUCCUGUAGUUAUUACGCUGCUUCAGGCUUCAUCAGUUCAGGUUUUCUGGGAUUGUAGAUCAAAGCCAUGUGAAAGAUUUAUGGUCAGUGCUGUUCUUCCAUCAGUCUCGACAGCUGAAUGUUCUGUCACAUUACAGGCUUCAUGCACCACUUUACAAAGCCCGGAAAGGACAUGUAGGAGUGUAAGGAAUAUGGAGUAUGGUCGUAGUAGAAGUAGAAAAGUAUUCUCGAACAUCAAUGUAAAUCUUCACAAAGAUGUAGGAGUUUAUGAAAAAAAGAAAAUGAUCUCUGUUUAGGGUGAAAACUGUUUACCACUGAUAGUGCAACCACACUGUUGUCUGCUUCAGUAUAAACCGCACAGUGCUGUCUGUCUGCUCUGCUUACUAGUCUGAUGUAAAUCUGCUUUGCUCCUAAUCGAAGGAGAACUGAACACACUGGAGACAUCUGGAUUGUUCAGAAGCUGCUGUGAUUCAUAUCGCUUGAAACAAACUGCAAUAAAUCUCUCAACACAG